AUGGGAUCAGUAGCGCUAGAAAUACAAAAUUCAACAAUAAUCCGACAAUCGUCGUCACAUGGUAGGCAGUUGCUUGCACUGCUAUUAUUUGUGCUGUUGACAACACAAGCGAAUGGCUUCUGUCCAUCAAAAUGCAUUUGUGAUGGCGACACAAACAAUUUAAAAGCCAAAUGUAUAAAUGCGGGAUUGGACGUUGUGCCCAUUCAACUAAAUCCGAAUGUUAAACAUAUAAAUCUCACCGAUAAUAAAAUUGCAACAGUUCAUUUCACAUUGUCAUUCUACUACGAGCUAGAAACAUUAGAUAUUUCGGGAAAUACUUUAGAGUCGUUAGGUAUGAAGAAUUUCGUAGCGCAAGAGAAAUUGCGGAAGUUAUACUUGCAGAAAAAUGUGAUUAAAAAGCUUUCCAAAGACACGUUCCGCGGGAUGCGUCAGUUGGAGGUGUUAGACUUAAGCUAUAAUCAAAUCGCUGAAAUGGAUCCGCAGUGCUUCAGUGAUUUGACUCGAUUGUCAUUUCUUGAUCUUACCAACAACUCUGUGAUCAGUGUCGACGGUGGCGUAUUUCAAAAUCUUUUAAGUCUCGAAACGCUUCUCUUCACCAGCAAUCAAUUGUUGAGUGUUCCAUAUAAUGAGAACUUUGAGUACUUGAGGAAGCUUCGACGACUCGACUUAUCUGGAAACUUAAUUAAGCAAAUCGAAAAUAACAGUUUUCAACAUAUGAGCCAAUUACAAACGCUUCAUCUCAAUGGCAAUCUCAUUAACGGCAUCGACGUGCUCGCUUUCGAUGGUUUGAUGCAGCUUCAAUACUUAGACUUAUCCGAUAAUAAUUUAACGAGUGUGCCAACGGAUCAGUUAUCAAAGUUAUCCAAUUUAACGCACCUUUCACUUAACGGAAACUUCAUUCAAACACUGCCAGCCGUUUCAUUUCUGAAUUUGUUUCAAUUGCGUGAACUUCACAUGGAUCGUCUCGUAAACCUUGUAAAAAUCGAUUCAAGAGCUUUCAUCGACAACGUUAAUCUGCAAAUACUCACCAUGAACGACAAUGAGCAGUUCUCUGAUUUGCCCGUUCAUCUGUUUCAUGGCAAUUUGAAUUUAAUUGAAUUGUCGAUAAAAAACAACAAACUUUAUCAACUUGAUGCGAUACAACUGCCAUUAGAUCAACUGAAAAAAUUGUCAUUGGCUGAUAAUCCAUUUGUUUGUAAUUGCUCGUUGAUCUGGUUAUGGCAGUUAAUUAAAUCAUCGUCAGUUACAUCAUCGCUUCGUAGUAGUCAACAACAUUCGAAUGAUUUGGGGGGAAGCUCAUUAGCUAUGGAUAAAGAGAAUAUUGGUUGUGAUAUUGUAAUAAAAAAUGACGAUGACCAAGUAAAAGUCAUUCGGAAAAAAUUAACUGAGAUGUCCGAAGCUGACAUUAAAUGUCCAACUCAUAUUGUCACAAUUAUAAGCGUCAUUCUCACGGUUAUUUUCAUUGCAAUCAUCUGUAUUAGCAUUUUGAUUGUCAUAAAAUGCUCGAGAACAGCGCAUUUGAAGCGUCGACAACAGAAAUACUUGUCAGGAGAGCGACAGAACAUUGGCGAACUUAUUAUCCCACAAAAGAUUGACAAGUACGAACUUGAACGUUAUUUAGCUGAUCAACAGUUGCAACAUCAACAGAAGCAACAACAAAUACAGCAACAAUAUCAAAUGAAUCAUCACACAAUCCAACCAAUUCAUUCAAACCAAAAUCAAUACUUUCAACAUCCAAAUCCCCUCAUUAAGCCCAACGAGUAUCGAUCAUUGAAGAAAUGGGAAAAUGGCGAUAUUACUCAACAAUAUCCGACACUUAAUAGUCAUCAAACUUUAAAAGCGUCGACAACACCCACAAUCACUUCGUCAUCCCCGCUGAAGAAACUUCAGAAAAAUAACAUUCACAUUCUCAAUAACUACAAUCAUACAAAUUCAUUGUCGCUAUCACGCGAUCAAGACGACGAACCAUUAGGAUUGUCACAAGAACAAAUUUACAGCAAACAUCCCGAUGACGAUGAAAGCAAUUUCGAAGAAGAUCAUUACGAGAACUUUGAUGAUAAUUACUUAAACAGUUUGAAUCGUAAAAUAAAUAUCCAAUCAACAUUACCGCUUACGAAAGCACCCACAACAACCACCACAUUAUUUAAUACGAAUGAAAGUAACAAAAAAAGUUUGCACAAUAAUAUUAAACCACAUAUAGUCUACGUAUGACUUAAACGUUAUUUGGCCAAUAACAUUCAACGUUACGAUUUUAUAUAAAUAAUGAAUAAGAAGAUGAUGAAGGAGUAAAAAGAAAACUAGCAGCAAAUAAAAACUUAUUUAUGUAAUAAAAAAAUAAUAUUAUUAAAUUCGAAAUGGAAGUUACAACAUAAACAAACAAAGACGUGUUAAUUUUGUACAGAAGUUUCUUUUUCCAUUCUUUUCAAUUCUUUGCUAAUUACUUAUCUGUACAAAUAGAAUAAAAAGUAAAAAAGAAAAAAAAAACUUUUUUCAGUUAUCAAACUUUGUUUUUUCGUUUUCACUUUAAACAUAAAGUUUUUCCUCGGUUUCGAAGAGAUAUCUAAAAAAAUUAACACCAAAUAAAAAACUUGUAAAGGAAAAGAAAUCUAAGUGUGAAGUACUAAUGAGAGCGUGAUGAAGCAUUUUUCAAGCGAAUGAUGAGUUCAUGACGUUCUCAAGAGAAAGUUCAACGUUCUCCUAAGCUAAAAAACAUGAAAUUGAAAUUUAAUGAAAAUGCUUUUCUUUUCUAUGGUAAUGAUGAUAAAAAAAAGAGAAGGAAGAUGGAAAAUAAUUUCAUUUUCAAGAUUUUCCGCAGAUACCGUACUAAUGGAUCGUUAUUCGUUCUUAUCAAGCUACUGUUUUCGCAUGAAAUUUGAGCAUGAUGUUUAGAAGUCAUUCGUGUAACUUAUUCGUAUGGAAACAUUAGAAGAAAAUUUUCACACACAAAAAGAAAUCUUUGCCAAUUUCCAACAUCAUUGAAAUCGUAUUUUUUUUUCUUUGGUUCAAGUCAGUUUUUCAAGUUAAACAGAUAUCUAAUCAGUGUAAGAACACAUAAAUGUUUACUAGUAAGAAAAAGAAAGAACAAGAAAGAAGAGAAGCAAAAUGUUGUAAAAAAGAAGUGUAAAUUGAGGUGGUAGUGAGGGAAAGAAAGAAGGUCUUCAAAUAUAUAAGCAAUAAUUAAAAUGUAAUUAAUUUUCAUCUCAAAGGACCCGAAUCAUGAGAAAAAAAACUUUUCCAAUUAUAAUUUCCCUCCUUGAAAUGUAAAUAAGUAUCGUGAAGGAAAUUGCGCGCUAGCGCUGUCUCUCUCCCAACCACCCGUUUCAUUUUAAUUUUAUUAAGUUUAAUUAAUUUCUCAGUGUAAAUAAUAAUUUCCUUUGCUUAUUUUUAUUUUCAUCUUUCGCCUUCAACUGGUGAGAAAGGAAUUUCUAUGUUCUCGUAAACAACGUGAAUUGAGAUUGAAAUGGAAAACUGAAAACAGAAAACUUCAUAAAGGAACAGAAAAAAAAGUUUUCCAUCAAACUCAUUUUCGAAGUUUGCGGCAACGAGAAGAAAGGAAGAAAUUAAUUAAUUAACAAUUAAUAUUUUUAUAUUUUAUAACAUGAAAAUAUGCUGAACAAUUUGUAAAUUUUAUGAUAAAACAAACAAAAACAUAUUUACAUUCUUUUUGAUAAUAUUUCGUGAAAUUUAAAAUAAAAAGAAAUGAAAUUAAAAAAGGGAAAAAAAGAAAAAAAUAGUUUAAACAUAAAAGGAAAUGAAGAAACAAUCUGUAAAGUAUGAAAAACUUAUUUUUAUGUUUAAAGUCAUUAAUUGAGAUUAUAAACAUGCAAAAACCAAUUGAAACAAUAAAACUUAAAUGAGAAAUCGAUAAAAAAAUGAG